AUGUCCACCAUCAAUCGUACCCCGGCCGCGGGCCUUGAUCCUAUCCGCAAGGCGAUCAAGACGCUAGACCGUCUCGUAAAAGAAGAGGCAUCUUAUCACGUCGAGCUGGCGGACCAGAAGCGACGAAUCAUAAAGACUGAAGAGCGGAUCAAGUCGCUUGGGGAGAACGCUGAAGAGGAAGGGAACGAGAUCUGGAUGCUGAAGCAAGAGCGUAUGGCUUGCGCGGAGACCGAGAGAGUUCUGGAGACGAUGCCAAAGGUUACUAGAGGUGCUAUGCAGAAGCUGGAAGAGUUAGUUGUAAGUUAUUGA